CGAUCCAUUCCAACUAGGUAGGAUGCGUUACUUUCUCCUGCUCCUCCCACUCGUACAAGCCCUCCAAUGGCCCCUUUCACUACAAUCCCUCUUCACCACCCCUCUUCGCGUAGCCGUCAUCGGGGCAGGUGCGGCAGGGUCAAGCGCCGCCUUUUUCCUAAGUCGGGGUGCUAAACGACUGGGUCGCGAAGUCGUGAUUGACGUGUAUGAGAAAGAAAACCAUGUUGGCGGUCGAAGCACCACCGUAUACCCUUUCGACGACCACACGCUUGAGCCCAUUGAGCUCGGUGCGAGCAUUUUCGUCGAUGCGAACAAGAACAUGGUGCGCGCCUUGAGUGAAUGGAGCCUCAGCACGGUACCAUUCGAAAAUGCCGAGGCGAUUGGUAUCUGGGAUGGCGAGGGGUUUGCCGUCGUGAUGAAAGGUAACAAACCGACUUGGUGGGACCAGGCAAAGCUCCUCUGGAGAUAUGGGCUAGUGGCGCCCAUGCGCACGCAGCGACUGGUGAAACGGCUCAUCUCCUCGUUCCUCGCGCUGUACACUGGCUCGAACCCCCCAUUCGACACGGUGACUCAUCUAUCGAAGGUGAUGGGCUUCCCGGAGUUCACAGAGCAAAAUGCCAAGUCAUAUUUUUCUCAAGUAGGGAUCAGAGGACUGUUCCCAGAAGAAGUGAUCGACAGUGCCGCUAGGGUGAACUACGCCCAGAGCCUGGACGAGAUCCACGCGCUCGGUGCGCUAGUAAGUAUGGCUGCGAGCGGAGCGCAUAGCGUGCAAGGUGGGAACUGGCAGGUGUUUUCCCAUAUGCUGAGAGAGAGCGGGGCGAAGAUGAAGCUGAACACUACUGUGAGCGACAUUGUCCAAAAAGCCGAGGACUGGCAGGUAGUCACCUCAGGCGGGAAGGGAACGUACGACUACGUUCUCCUCGCUGCUCCCGCCCACCUCUCUCCGUACACUCUUCCGUCCAACCUCACGUCGUCCAUCCCUGAACAACCAUAUGUCCACCUGCACGUAACCCUCCUCGUGACACGCACUCCUCAAGCUCGUCCCGAGUUUUUCGGCCUGCAGGAAGGGGCAACGCUGCCGGACAUGAUACUUACUACAUCGUCCAAGGGCAAGGCGCGGGUGAGCGCGUUCAACAGCAUUUCCUACCACGGUACGACACGCGGAGGGUACAUAUGCAAGAUCUUCUCCAUGUCUGCUAUCUCCGAGGAUUGGCUUGCAGAUGCCUUCGGGGCAGAUAACAUCCUCUGGAUUCAUAGGAAGACGUGGGACGCAUAUCCGUACCUCGCCCCCUCGCUGGAGGAUACAUACGCACCUAUCGUGCUCGCCCCGGGAGUGUACUAUGUGAGCGCAUGGGAGCCUUGGAUCAGCACGAUGGAGACGCAGAGUUUGGCCGGGAGGAACAUCGCCGAGCUGGUGAUGGAGCGCGAGUGGGAUGCAGAGGUAGGAAAAACGUGUAACGAGAGUUUGAUGAGAGGCUGGGAUUGUUAAACGUACGCGCAGGGUCGGCGAGGGGUACAAACGCGACUGAAUGUAUUUGCCUUUUAUGGUAAGGGACACCGAGCUUUACCGAGACUCGUUCAUGGCACACAUCCCUUGUAACGUAUUCGCUGAGAUCACAAGCUCAACCUAUUUGAAUCAAUGAAUGAUACGCCGA